AUGGCAAACUACCCUUCUCCUAUAAAAACAAUUAACAAUUUGCCGAGCUCUCCUUCUUAUGAUGAAACAAUUCACUCGACUUUUAAUUUGACUUCAACAAUUUAUGAUAAUUAUGAUAAACUGCCAGUUAUUAAUCCAAGCCCAAAAACCACCAAAAAUGCUCCAAGAAUACUUAGACAAAGUUUAGAAGUCGCCCCAAAACAUCAAAUUCCUAACCUUGAUUAGAGAAAUAAAAGAAAGGCUUCUAGACGCUCCAAUAAAGCUGAAAAUAGUGCCUCACUUUUUGAAUUAAGCCUUCAGGGUUUGGAAGGUUUUACCUGUCCCACAAGAAGGUUAAACAGGUUUUGCCUCCCACUUAAUCAUUGCUUAUGGGACUAAUUGGGCAUCAGCAGUAGGUGGCUCUAACCUAGGGAGCUAAUUUUAGGUUAGGUGGAUUUACGUCAGAUAGGUAGGCUAUAUCAUUAUAACACUUAAAUUAACCUUGAUUUCAUAAAAAAGCAAAAUAAACUCAAAUUAAAUGCAAGCCAUCAUAUGAUAAGAGCUAUGGUAUCUGUUGAAGAUGAAAAAGAAGCAAUAAAAGACAAAUCAGCGUUUUCUAAAAGCUUUAAACGUAUGUCAGCAGGUAUGAAAAUUAUUAUCGGAAUUAAAGCAAAAAAACAGAAUUUAUUAAACCAGGUUACUGAAAAUUUACAGCCAGUUUUUGAAAAAUCCAAAGCUGUCAACAGUUUCCCAAAUAAUUCAGAUAGAAAAUGAAAUGAAAAUAACAGAGAUGCUUGAAUAAAAAAGCAUGGACUUGAAGCAAUUAAUAAUGACUCUAAAGACUUUGCAGAGUUUUUAAAACAGCUAUUUGAAGCACUGGACCAUGAAAAUAUUGGGUUUAUUAAUUUGACUGAUGUAAUUGCUGCACUUCUUGCACUCGGGAUCAGUCGUGAUAUUUCUUAUAUCGAAAAAGCUCUGAUGAUAAUAUUUAAAACAAACAACAAUUAUAUGCAUAAAAAUGGUGACGACAAGCCAAACGACCUCUUGACCCUUUUUCUUCAACACCAGCAAGGCCGGUAUCCUUUGUGUAUAUCGAGCUAGGUUUUUCUUGGACCUUAGGGAGCUAAAUACUGGGACUCUGAGUUUUGCCUCCCAGAGCAUCAUUGGAAAGGCAGAAUCAACGGAAGUCCUGAAUGAAUGCUAAGUCUCUUGAGCAGGGCUCAAGAGGUGACAUCUGCCUAGUGAGAAAACUCUGAGUUUCGACCUAGGUGAUGGGCCUAAAGGAAGUCAAGAUCGGUUGUGCGAACCUUGACUGCAACGGCGAGGAAGAGUGUCUGCUGGGGUCCUUAGUGGAUGACGAGCAUUUACGGUUGAAAAUCCCCGGCCUGUGUAGGACGAAGUCUUAAAACAAAACAAUUUAUCAACUAUGAAAAUUGAGAAACAGCAAUUUUUGGAAAUGUUUAAAGGAGAUAAGAAAACAGAUUUUUUAUUAAAUGCAUUAAAUUUAUAUUGUAAAGAAGUUGUCAGAGAUGAAGAGAACAAAGCAUUCUCACAGAGUUCAUCAAGCUUCGAUAGCAGUAUGAUGAAAGAAGGUCCAAAAACCUUUAGAAUAGAUCAAUUUGCAGUUCUGCUUAAGCUGUGGUGAAAAGAACUCGAGCCUGAUCAUGACCUUGUACAUAUUAAUAAAGUCUGCGAAUUUUUGGUAGACAAAAAUUUGGUCUCUAAUAAGCUUGAAGGAAGAAUUUUGAUAAACAAGUAUGUGAAUUCAAAACAUUUAAGCUAUGAAAAAUUUGAAAAGCUUUUUUUAAAGCCCAUGUUCAAAGGAGGACUGAUAAACCUUGUAUCAUCUUUUAAUCUCACUGAAAAUAAUCUUCCUUUAAGGCUGAAACUUGGUCAAGAACAGAGGAAAGUAUUGAUUAGUGGAACAAAACCAAGUUUAAAUUCAUCAGUCAAACAUGGAAGGAUGGUUUUAGAUUCUCUUGAUAAGUACAAGCAAAAAAAUGGCAAUAUAGAUAAAGAUUUUAGUAUUAGUUUGGAAGAGGCUGAAGAACUAAAUGAAGAUAGGCUGCAAAGCUAUCUUUAUUCAAUACGUGAUGACGCUAGAUUUUUUCUGAAUGAAAGGGGAGAGUUGAUAAGCAAUUCGAAAAACACUUGAGAUAUAAGAGAACAAGUAAAGCCAGAAAACGAUAACAGCAUUUUAAAUUCAAGCCAAAAGUAUAAAAAAUCAACAUAUAUGUCUAUAUUGGAAAAUAAAACUGUUGAAGAGGCAAAAAAAACAGCAUCAUUAAGCCCAAAAGUAAAGCUAUUCAGGGAGAACUAUUUAUGGAAAAGAUAUAAUAAUUUGAUAAAUAGAUUUCCUUCUCAUUAA